UUCCCAACGCCUUUGACGACGAGAAGCAAAAUCAACACGUCUGGUGGUUCUAAAGUCUCAACCUUUGAAUCGUCGCUUCCUACCAGAUCUUCGAAAAGCCUCUAACUUUAUUGUAUUAUCCAUCCUCUCCUCUGCUUCCAUGGCUGCUUCAGCUGCUUUCUCUGUAUCUUCACCACCCUUCGUUCCCUCUUCCUGCAAAAUUCGAAGACCGUUUCUCUUGCUUGGUUCAAAAAGUUUCAAACCCGUUUCGGUGAGAGCUUCUGUCGGAAACCCCUCGAUCUCCAUCGAUGACAAAGCUUCAGUCCAAACUAAGACAAGCAAGUGGCAGUGGAAGUUCAAGGGAAACUCGAUCGGUAUCCACUAUGAGGAGCAUGAGGGAGAGAAGAGUGAAUCAGCGAAGAAUAUCCUCAUGAUACCAACGAUAUCAGAUGUUAGCACCGUGGAGGAGUGGAGAUCUGUGGCUAGAAACAUCGUGCAGCGUGACGGGGAAGUUAAUUGGCGUGCAACUAUUGUAGAUUGGCCUGGUCUUGGUUACUCUGAUAAACUUAAGAUGGAUUACGACACAGAUGUCAUGGAGAGGUUUGUGGUUGACUUCAUGAACUCACCUGAGAGCCCAAUGAGCCAGGCAGGUAACGAUGAUAUAGUAAUCAUUGGAGGAGGACAUGCAGCAACACUGGCAGUACGUGCUACCCAACGUGGGCUACUCAAACCAUCAGCUAUUGCUGCUGUUGCACCUACAUGGGCUGGACCUCUCCCUAUUGUGUUUGGCCGUGACUCUUCCAUGGUGACAAGGUAUGGUCUCCUAAGAGGAACACUAAGAGCACCUGGUGUUGGUUGGAUGAUGUACAACAUGCUAGUGAGCAACGAGAAAUCAAUCGAGUCUCAAUACAAAUCCCAUGUUUACGCAGAUCAAAGCAACGUGACUGAGGCCAUAAUCCAAAGCAGAUACGAGUUAACAAAGCAGAAGGGAUCACGCUACGUCCCUGCAGCUUUCUUAACCGGUUUGCUCGACCCGGUUUCAUCCAGGGAUGAGUUUCUCCAGCUGUUUGCUGAUUUGGAAGGGAAACUUCCGGUUAUGGUGAUGUCAACGAAAGGAGCUCCAAAGAGAUCAAAAGCUGAGAUGGAGGCACUUAGAGGAGCCAAAGGAGUUAGCACAUUUGUGGAGGUUGAAGGUGCACUCUUGCCUCAAGAAGAGUAUCCUUCUCUUGUUGCUCAAGAGCUCUACAACUUCUUGCAAGAGACCUAUGCGUCUUCCAAGUAAGUUCACUAUGUGAGCCCAGGCCCAUACAUAGUUUAUUGAUUGUACGCUACUACACUUAAAAGUCUUACUAUAUUGUUUUGUUUUCUACCAUGUUCUUUUCUUAUAAAUGAGUGCAACUUUUUUUCUUUUUUCAAAAAUGAGUGCAACUUUCUUGCAGUAAUUUAGCUUAUUUAUUGUUCAGUAUUUUCUUCGA